CCCGAACGAAAAUUUUUAUCGGAAUUUAGACAUAUAUAGCACGUUAAAAUGCCCACAAAAACAAGAUUUAUCCUUCCUAGCGCUUGUUCAUAACGCAGCAAUUGAUUUCAACACACCUAAAGUCCACGAUAGUAAAUUAAUCCAAUACCACCUAACUCCCCUUUACAAGUUAAUCCCGCAAUGGCGGACAAUCUAGACGAUGCAAAUGUCGCAUCCCCCAUGCCUCCGCAAGCCCCGCCUUCGCCACCGCUGUCGUCAUCACCGUCACCAACAGCGACGUAUGUGAAACCCCAGCCUCGACCACCAAAAUCGCCAGCGCACUCAGCGCAAAUCCGUGUGCAGAACCGGCGACGCGAGUAUCUUGAGCGAAAUCCUAAGUAUUUUGAAUCGCUCGAACAUGAGCUUGCAGAUCCACUCCUCUACGACGCAUUAAUACGGCGUUUUCAAUCGCCCGAAGAGCGCGAAAAAGAAGGACGCGUUAAGGGGUACUCCCGGGUCCUCGAAGUGGACCUCCUCCGCGGCGAAGCCAAGCUCGCGCAACUCACAUCCGCAUCUUUCGCCUCCUCAAUCAACGUUCCCAGGCAAUCAGAACCCUCAGCAACAGGGGAAGGGCAAUCACAGUCUUGGAUCCCGAAGUCAGCGACCGAGGACGCGGACCCGUUUAUUCGGGAAUACGCUAUCGGCGGUGAUGGACUUGGGGAUGGGGGAAGUAAGAGGAGUUGUGAGGGAUCGGGGAUUAAAGGAUUGCCCCGACACCCUGAGACGAAGGAGGAGGGUCGGGAAAGAUGGGAUGAUUUUUUGAGAAGGCGGUUUGUGCUUGGGCGCGAUGAUGAUUUUGAUUACCAGACUAUAGAUGAGAAUGAUGAUCUAGAUGUAAUGGAGCGGCGUGAGCAGGAGGAUGCGUGGUUUGAUGAUGAGGAUCCCGGUUGGGCUAGUGAUUCUGCUGGGGACCAAGGAGGAGGAGAUAAGUUCGUGGGACAGAGGGAGCUUGAAGGAGAGACGGGGGUUCAGGACUUCUGAGCGGCCAUCGGUUCUAGCUGUGUGUACUACGAGAAAGGGUUGGAAGGGGCGUCCUGAGAGCUAGUCACCCAUGCAAUGGCUCUGGGUUCUCGCGCCGUAUACUUGCGACUCGAGGGUAGUUGAGGUAGGGCGCUCGUCCCCGGUUCAAUGUAUUAGCCCCAAGGUGAUAUUUGCCCAUAAUCUUAAGGCCCGGUAUAUACCUAAUUCUGCGGGGGUAGCUGCUAAUGUCACAAUGAGGGUGUCACCAGGCCGGGGCAAAGAAGAGAGUAUGGGUAUAGGCGCUUCUCAUCGGCAGGAAGCACAAAGGCAUUAGUCGCACCAUAUUCGCUUAUCUGGAAAUGCAGAAAUACGGCAGAAAGAUGACUCGUCAUCCGCAUGGGUUUGUAUCACCCAAAAGCAAGACGUCCAUCUUUCGAAGCAAAAAUCAAGAUCGUCAUGUUACUACUUAAAACAUACAUACG